AUGACUAAAAAAAAUGAAAUUGAUACUGGAGAUGCAACUAUAGUAGAAAUUUCUCUAGCUACUAGUACAACUACUGCGUAUUCUCAUGCCCAAAGGGAAAGUGAUAGUGCAGCCUUGGAAGGUAAGCAAGCAGAUGGUACCACGAACGGCACUGCUCAUAGUUUUCGAAUAGACGAUGAUCACACUCAUAACAUCGGUUCAGCUGAUUUAAGAACUGUAAAGAUCAAAUGUAGUGAUGAAAAAGAAGCACUUAAGUUACGUCUCUCGUAUGAAGAAACAAAAGCUCAUGUUGCUGGAGAUAAAACUACUGAACUUAGUAUAACUGCUGGUAAUACAUUAAAUUUAGAUAUUAAUGAUUUCGGUGGUUUAAAUAAUUUAGAUAUUAAUGGUGUUACUUUUACUGAUGGUGAUGCUAACUCUACUACUAUUAUAGCAAAUGGCGAUCAAGGUCCAGCACGAGCCGAACUUUUUAAAUUAGAUGCUUUGUUUGAUACAUUAGAAUCUCGUUAUAUUGUUACUAGUGAUAUUACUACUGAUGAAACAACCAAUAUUGAUUAUUUAAAAACAUUUGGUAGCACAACCGGAGGUGUGGUUACCGACAUAACAAAAGCAAUUUACGAGUUGUCUGACGGAACAGGAAAUAUAUAUAAAAAUAAAGCUAACGCUAAUGGUUUUUAUGUUGAUAGUAGAGGAAGUGGUACUGCUGCCAAUAUUGCUUCUGACCUAGAAUUUACUACUCAGAAUACUACCAGUGCUUCCGGUGAUGCCAAAACUACUACUAAGGAUUUUUUCCCGACUUCAAGGCAAUAUUUAGGUUUCUCGAUUUUGGAAGCAACCCAAACUGUUACGACAGCCACCGCUGGUGAUGAUGCUACCCAUUUAUUUAACAGGUCAGCGACUGUUUCUGCUAAAUACACCAAAAAGAAAAUUGACAAACUUCGUGAUUUAGCCAAUCAUGGUUCCACUACUGCACCAAUAAUAACAGCAGUAAAAGAAUGGGGCGAAGAAAGCCGAACUACUGCCAAAGACCUUUUUGGUUUUGAAUUAGAAGUAAGGACUAAACAAGAAUUCAAAAUUAUGGAUGCUGCUGAUAAAGAUAGACUGCUUGAUGCUGCUUUUUUUAACACCGAUUUUUCCGAAGUAAAUUAUAAUUAUAUUCCCGAGAUAAAUAUAGUAACUAGAAAUAAUAGUUUGACUGAUAAAAUUUCUAAUGAAGUAGGAUUGAUAGAUAGGUAUUAUGUGGCUGCUAAAAUGAAUACUAACAAUAUUUGGAAGCCAAAAGCCAGCACUACUACUGAUGAACCACUUGAUACUGAUACUGAUACUAUGGAAAUUGAAGCCGCCUAUAAAGAAAUGAGAGAGCAGCUGGUGGCACUUCAAAUUGAUACUAAACUUGCUGCUAUUGAAGUGGUAAUAACCGGCACUCCUCCUCCAGCUGAUUUAGCAACUGCAAUAGCUACAGCCAAAACAGCUGCUGAAAUAUUAACUAAAGUCACUGAAUUAAUUGCCGCAGUGAUUAAAGCCAACGGUAUUUAUGAUAAAGAUACUUUGACUAAAUUAAGAGAUUACAAAACGAAAGACAAUGAUGAUAAAAAAGCCGACCGAGCCAAAAAAGCCUUGGAAAAAUUAGAAGCUGAACUAACAACUGCUCAGAAUGGAUUAAAAGCAGCGAUCAAAGAUGCUACUGAUGAUACGUUGAGAGGCGAAUUAGAAGGAUUGGUGAAAAAAACUGAAGCUUGGGCUGCAGUAGAUAAACACGAAAAAACUACUAAAGUGAAAGCAAGUGAGGAAUACAAUAAACCCAAUUCAACCUACAAAACUGAAUACGAUGGUAAAAUAGGACCUCGGACUAAAGUAGCUGCCAUAGUAAGAGGGAAAAAAGAUGCCAAAAGUACUGAAUUUUCUGGUUUAAUUAUUGAUUUAAUGCGAGUAAACACAACUUACUCUGAAGAAGACAAUAAAGCGAAAAAAACCGAAUUGGAAGGCAAAUUAGCUAAAAUAAAAAAAUAUACUGAAGCGGGUACUGAAGAAAGCAAAUUAUAUAAUAAAUUGUCAACUGACGAGCAAUCAGUGAUUAAUGUUAUGAUAGGCGAAGCCACUACGAAAUUAGAAAACAUGAAAAAGAAAAUUAAAGAUGAUAAUAUUCCUGAGCAAAAUAGCCCUAAUAAAGGCCCAAAGGAUGAUAAUUUUUGA